CUUCCUCGGCGCUACCUACGGAGGUGGCCGCCAUCUCUUAUUCGUCAUCAUGGCCGCCCUCAGACCCCUUGUGAAGCCAAAGAUCGUCAAAAAGAGGACCAAGAAGUUUAUCCGGCACCAGUCAGAUCGAUAUGUCAAAAUUAAGCGUAACUGGCGGAAACCCAGAGGUAUUGACAAUAGGGUUCGGAGAAGAUUCAAGGGCCAGAUAUUGAUGCCUAACAUUGGUUACAGGAGCAACAAGAAAACAAAACAUAUGCUGCCCAGUGGUUUCCGGAAGCUUCUCGUCCACAACGUCAAGGAGCUGGAAGUGCUGCUGAUGUGCAACAAAUCUUAUUGUGCAGAGAUUGCUCACAACAUUUCCUCCAAGAACCGCAAAGCCAUUGUGGAAAGAGCAGCCCAGCUGGCCAUCAGAGUCACCAAUCCCAAUGCCAGGCUGCGCAGUGAAGAAAAUGAAUAGACAGCUGAUGUGCAAUGCUAUUUGUGUUUAAAUAAAACCAUAAAUACUGCCAAAAAAAAAA